CCCCUCAUGUGGAUUCUGGACUCGGCCGGCGAUUUUCUGGGGGGUAAGCGCGUGUGGCUGCGACCUGGAAAGAAGUACCUCUUCGGUCGGGUCUUGCAGGAUGGAGUACGACACGCCAUUUCGAAUAACUCCAUCUCCCGCAAGCAUAUGAUCAUCGAAGUCGCCCCCGUCAAACCGGGUGAUGGCUCGCACAUCUACGCAAAGUCGGAUAUCACCGUCAGCGACGAGGAAUCGAAGUGCGGAACCACCGUCGACGGGGAGGAUAUCAAGGGCAGGAAGAUUCAGUUGACGCAGGACGAGCAUAUCCUGCGACUGGGAAAAUACAAGCAUGAUUUGCGAAUUAAAUGGGAGCCGACCGUCCUCAGCUUUUCCUUCUCCUCGAAAGACCUCAAAACCCACGACCCGCUAGCCCGCGUCCGAAGCCGACUGGAAGAUCUCGACAUCAAAACCGUCAUCCCCUACGUUGUGGACCAGACAACCCAUGUGGUGCAGAACAAGCGGAACACAGCCAAGGGGCUCCAAGCGCUGGUCAAUGGGAAGCACAUUGUGCAGGAUUCAUAUAUAGACGCGCUGGUGUACGCCGCGACGCCCAGCGACCUCGAUAACCUGGAGUCUCUGUCGCCGUUGGAAGCGGAUUUUGACUCGGCCUGGCCGGACCCGACCGAGCAUCUUCCGCCGCCGGGCAAAGAGGCUGUCCAGAGACCGAAGGAGGCCUUUGCGCCGAACCCCGACCGCAUCAACGUCUUCGAGAGAUAUACGUUUGUGUUUGGCGACUCGACGCAGUUUGAUAAUCUACAAGACGCCGUGACGAACGGCCACGGCAAGGCUCUACUGUAUCGGAUCGAGAAUGGCGCCACCACCGCCGAGGAAAUAGUACAGUUCAUGCGCAAUACGGCCGGUCGAAAUGGCUUGGGCCGGCGGAGGAGCGGUCCGGGCGGAGUGGUACUCGUCCGCUAUCGCGCCAAAAGUCGGUAUGAGGACUGGUCACAGGAGCUGAGCGACCAAGUGGCCGCCAUAACGGAGCAGCGCGUCAUCGAACAGAGCGAAUUUCUGGACGCCAUCCUGGCCAACGACGCGACGUCGCUGUGCACGGCGCUGGAGCCCGCCAGCCAGGACGUAGAGUCCGUGCCGUCGUCCGAGCCGCCGCAGUCUGCACCUUCCCCUACUGCUGACGUCCAGAUGGUGCCGGAAUCUCAAGAUGAACCCCCCACGCAGGCGUCUACGAAAAGCUCCAAAGGACCCCGUGUGCGCAGCUUCAAAAGCAAGAUGAAAGCCUUCGACGACGGCUUCGACAUCAACGCCAUCCCCGCUUAUGCGGACGACGACGCCAUCGAUCCGGCCCCAUCCAUGGAGAUCGACGCGACCGUGGACCCCCCGACGCAACCCGACAGUACGCCACACGAGGAAGAGGAUGUGAUGGCAAAUCUACUACCCGGCGCUGCGGCAAUGAAGCGUCGACGUGCCGAGACGAUGAAGAGCGCCGAGCCGGCCUCCCAGGUGAAGUCCGAGGAUUCCCCGCGACCCAAGCGUCAGAAACUCGACAUCCGAGAAGCCGCCCGGCAACACCGAGAAGCGGAGGAUGCGCAGCGUCUGAAACGUCAAGAGGAGACUACCUCGCUACAGGAUUCCCUGAAGGAUGCCAACGUGGAGCAGCUCAAAGGGCUGGCGAUCGUGGAGGAAAUGGAGGUCCCGUCGCGCCGGGACGCCGACCGCGACACCCGCUGGGACGAUCGAUGGAAUGGGCGCAAGAACUUCAAGAAGUUCCGGCGCAAAGGCGACGGGGGGGCGCCUCGGCAUCGCAUCCAGACGGUGAUCGUGCCCUUGGAAGAGGUGACGCGCAAGGAUUUCGGCAUCGGCGAACACUACUGGGUCAGCAGCAAGCCGACCGAGCGUAGUCAAGCGGAAAGCCGUGCUGCGAGCCACGGCGACAGUCAUCGCAAUAGCGUGGUGAGCCAGGAAGGCCAAGACGGCCAGGAGCCAGAGUCCGCGCCGUCGGUGGCUCGGACGGAGACGCCAGCGCCGCGAAGUCAGAAACGACUUCGCCAGGAGCGAGACAGCGACAGCGAGGAUGAGAUGCGGUUCCGAUUCCGACGGCGGCGAUAGACCCAGAAUGUUGCUGGCAGGUGGAGAGAGCCGAAUAACGCUGCGGGUCCGCCCACAUUUUAGCAGUUGGUCUGGCCUUCGCUUGGCUCUGGGCAGCAGGGGGGAAUUCAUGAGUAUGGAGGAUUGAGGACGUGAUUCCAAGUAGCGAGAGAUCGACUAUCGACUGUUGAUUAUCGACUACCGCGAGUAUCGACAGGGUAGAGCCUAGAGUCCAGAGUCCGAUGUGAGGAGUCGAUAAUUCCUCCAGCGUUUAUUGAAAACUCCUCGCGAUGACGUCGUACAGUCCGAGGGGAGUCGAUAGUCGGUUUCACGGGUUAAUUAAUUUGUUCCCUGGCCUCAUUGACGAGAUAUUAUUAGAAGCGAUCUCAGUAGAUUCUCGAUCGGCGGCGGUUUCACGACGCAGAAUUAAUUGAUUGCGUCCGGAAAGGUUUGCCUGUUCAGCUGA